GAAAUACCAACAAAUUCGGCUAUUUGAAGCCCAUUCUAUGGCCUAACUAAUACCCAAAUGAGCAGCCCAUUUCUCUGUUAAACCCAACAUUUCUCAACCCUAAUUCUAAACAAACAGCUGCACCCCCUCUUCUCCUCACUCCAUUUUCAGUUUAGAUCAGAACUACACCAGUCAUUGACAGACUUUAUCAAUACCAUUUUUGUGCAAAUUUCCCUACACCCAUCUUAGCCUAUCACAAGACUCAUAUGAAGCCAAAUAGAUAGCAGGUCAGUACCAGAGAAGAUCUCACCAUUUUCGGUAAGAUCUGAAUCAAAACAUGUGAAGAAAACCUCAACGUUCCGAUUAGAACGAGCCUUGACUCGAUUUUGAAUGUUUGAUUUCAAGUUCCCGCUCAUGAAUCUGAAAACCUAGCUCCACAUCGCCUAUAAAUACUCGCUAAGUCUUAGCCAAAAAAGAAGUUCUGGACACUCAAGAACACUUUCUUACAAGCUUGAACACCCAUAUAAAAAAAAAACAAAAACACACCAAUACACAUGAUUGAAAUUACUUAUAGUAUUUAGCUGUUAUCAUCCUUUUCGAAGCUCUUGUAUUUCUCUUUACUGUUUUUUUGUGAACUCAUUUGGUUCGAGGUUUGAAUCUAUUCAUAACGAGAGAGUAGAUUCGACGCCGACGGCCCCUGUUCACUGUACCAACAAGAGAGUUUCACUUUGAGACUCAACGCCGCCGCUACUACAUGGAGUCUGCACAUCGUCGAUCAGUUCUAGCUUUACAUCGCUUAAAAGCGAACCACGAAAAAUCAAAUCUUUCUGUUGGGAGCCGAUUUUGGCUGUUGAUUAUUUUUGAUGCUGCUUGUUUACUUGUUUGGGGUUGACUAACAUUUUAUCUUAGUUGUGUGAUCAUCGUAAAAUGUUUAACUGCUCUAUUUUAACCAAGUCUCAUUCUGUCCAUUUUAGGAGGGCUUAAAUUAAGUGGAGUUUAAUUGUUCCUCUUGGAGCUUUGACACUUUUUUUUCAAAUUAGGAAGUAAAGAUUAUGCUCUCCAAAUAUCAAAAUUUGAGACAUGGAAUUUAGCUUAUUCUAAGAAUAAAAACGGAGACUGAUUUUAAAAGACAAACUUUAGACUUUUGCUACUUUCCAAUGUUUGAAACAUGUAUUUGUUUAAGGCAACCUUUUCAUAAUUUAUUUUGUUCUAUGAGUCUUGUUAUAAAUCUUUACACUCUGCUUAUCGCUACCGUAGCUAAAUUCACGUUAACAAAUAUUUUUCUAAACUUGAUACAGUUAACUACCUUUCUCCAAAUACUUUGACUUGAUUUAUAUUUUACACUAAUACUUAGCCUUUUUUAAUUAACUAUAAGUCCGGUCGGUUAAUAAUUUUUAAUGGAUCUUGAAGGGUGCGUAAUACAUUCCUUUUAAAUUAAUUGAACCCUUACUCUAGAAUCUCAUACGUUUCGUAGACUAUAUAUGGAGUUAACUUUAGAUAACGACUUUAAUUAAUUUUAGAUGUCUUAAUUCACCAUAAUAAUUAGGUGGAGACUCCUUAACUUUAAUUAAUCUCGAAAUUAUCGGAAUGUUGUAAACCAUUUUGACUCCUGUUAAAAUGGGGUAUAACAGCUUGGCGACUCCGCUGGGGAGUUUAGGUUCUAAUCAUAACGGACUUAGUUUAAUUAGGCUUUAUGUGCUAAUUUAAUUACUUUACUUGCUUUAAAUUUUUCACAUGCUAUAAAUUGUUUGCGUGAUAUAUUGUUUGUUUGAUAUAGAUUGUUUGCAUGAUAUCUUGUUUUGUUUGAUAUAAAUUGAUUAUGUGUUACUUGCUUUGAUAUACAUUGUCAUUCCGUUUCACUUUUCUCCACUUCUAAUUCACACUAUCACACGUACACGCGAGGUGUGUUUUGCGCACCCACAAAUUUCUUUCAAAAUCUCAAAUUUUAGGAGAGUUGGCAUAUGCGCGGGGUGUCCGUAUUUUCCGUGUGAUCGCGUAGCCUUCUCACUCGAGUUGUCCUCUCGGAACCUUGCGUCUAGUGAACCCACUCUUAGUCAACCUAGAGUAGAGCUAAAUCAACACCCUUUAUUAGGAGCAUAUAUUUCAUGACCUAGGAGGUUUAAUACCCUUGGCGUAUUAAUCCCACUAGAUGACUUUACCUAAACGUUCAAGUGGGUCCACGACCCCAAGUGACACUCAUACAUGUUUGAAGGAUAAUUGUGCCUAAAUAUUGAUCAUUUUCUCUAACUAAUUAAACUUUAGGGAGGAGAGAACGACUAAAUUUUUACGACAGGUAUGAAGACCUUACAUUAGAGUACGCCUCGAUCAACAACAAAUGAGAACCGACGACACCUCGAAAUGGAGCCAAGAAGUUUAGACAUGACAAACUUGUAUCUACUUUACUUAGAUUAGGAAGUACUUUAUGUUGUAUUCAUUUGAUAUGUAAUAAAUAUUACACUAAUUUUGUACUUUAUUUUGGGAAAUAGAAUUUAUUAAUUAGCAAUGAGAUGACGUAUUAAGGCACAUUUUACCCUUCAAACAAACGUUAGGCCUACCUCUGGCACAAAGAGGUCACAUGCAUAUUAGGACGCGUUAUUGUUGUUUGAGAUAGUUGUUUACAUUUUGCUUGACAACUUAUUUGCCUUUAUUUGAUGAAUUAUUUGCUACAUGACUUAUUUAACUCUAGGUGACCAUGACUUUACUUAGAUAUUUUAAUAAUGAGACUAAUAUCAUUCGCAUUUUAUGUUUCUUCCUUUAUUUAUAAUUUCCAAAAGAGUUGAUUCGUGUUGACAUUCGAGCUGGUCGACCAUCCUUACUUCACAAGGUCAAAGACGUCAGCAUUACUUCGACGUAGUUGGGUUCUUCAAGGAAGGAAAAUUACUAUGUCUGAUCCAGCCGCAUCUAUUUCAACUGGUUUGGAAAACAUCGUGAUCUUUAGUGAUCCUCCUGAGAUUUCCGAACAUAGAACUACUAUUUAACAUGAUGAACAUAUCGCCCGCUUGACUUAAGAGAUUGAGGAUCUAUGUGGAGAACUGAAUCGGGUUAGGGACUUGACCAAUUUGUCCAUCACACUCCAAAGUCCACCUCUUGAACCUAGAAAUGUCGCACCAAACCCACCUCGUUUUUCAUCACUUGAAUCUCCAGUUCCUGAACAUUUCCCGCCACAAAAUAAUGCACCUACCUACAACAACUUACCUCCAAUCACCCCCGCAAAUCCAUCAUCCGUCUAUACUCCUCACCAAAGUCAACCACCCACCUACACUACCUAUGCUACUCCUAAUCCACCACCCGUCAACCCACCAAGUCAAUCGCUAGUUCACACUCCUUAUGUUCCUUUAUCCACUAACACUAAUCCACCACCUACAACUACUCAUCUAAACCCACCAAACCAACUACCUAUAAAUACCACUUAUAACACACCACCUCCAAUCCAAAACACUCCCACCGUCCAAACUUAUCCAACCCAGCAUAUACAAGGGGCACAUUUUGUCACUCCUAACGCGCAAUAUGUUCCUCCGGUAUAUGCAGCGAAAACACAAGCCUUUACCAACCUAGUAACGGUCAGGUUCCAACCCGAGGUGGAUCAAUAUGAGGAAAUGGAAAAGGAUGCAAAAGCAAGGGUGGAUGAUAUAUUGUUAAAAGAGAUCCACAGUCUCAAAAAAGCAAUGAGAAACCUUCAAGUUGCUAGGGGAAGUAAGAGUGUAGAAUAUGAAUAUCUGUGUGUUCAUCCUGAUGUUGAUUUGCCCGUUGGCUACAAGCCGCCGAAAUUUGAUACAUUUAAUGGAACAGGCGACCCUCAUACGCAUUUAAGGGCUUAUUGUGACAAACUGGUUGGAGUAGGUAGAGAUCAGAAUAUAAGGAUGAAGCUAUUCAUAAGAAGUUUAUCUGGUGAGACUCUUACUUGGUAUACGCAACAAGAUGUCCGUAAAUGGCAUGGUUGGAGUGAUAUGGCACAAGACUUCAUGGACCGAUUCAGUUUCAACACUGAUAUUACACCAGAUAGAGUCUACAUGACUAAGGUAACCAAGAAGUCAACUGAGUCGUUCCGUGAGUAUGCGCUACGUUGGAGGUCAGAAGCAGCCAAGGUUCAACCCCCGAUAAGAGAUAGAGAAAUGACUGCCACCUUCAUUGAAUGCCAAGUUGGUAUAUACUAUGAGAUAAUGAUAGGCAUGAUGGGACAAAAGUUCACAGAAGUUGUCAGAAUGGGAGAAGCCAUAGAAGAAGGAAUCAAAUCGGGAAAAAUUCAGGAUCUCACUGCCUUGCAAGCUGCAAGCUGCAAGCAAAGCUAUUCAAUUUGGUUCUAUCAGUGGGACCAAAAAGAAAAAAGAAGAUGUAGCUGCAGUCAUGAAUAUCCAAGGAUGUAAGCCAAGCCAAGCCAUUACAUACCUUAACCAUCCACAUCAACCUUUCUAUCCUUACCAAUAUGCUGAACCCUACCAAGCUCCACUAACUCCUUACCCUAUCUACAACGCCCAAGAAAACUACUACCAACCCCGAGCACCUUCCUAUCAAAACCCACGUCCAUAUCAAUCCGUUCAAGCUCCAACUUACCAAAAUCAACCACAUGCUACACCUAAAGCCCGUUCAAACCCUGAAAUAAAAAAUACCUGUAAUUACACUUGAUUCGCUGAACCGUUGGCUCAAUUAUUUGAAAGACUGAAAGUAGCAGGUGUGAUACAACCAAUUGAAGGAAAAAUUCCCGAUCCUAUUCCGAGAUGUUUGAUGGUUACAUUAAAUUUAUACUGAGCCAACAUCCCAUUGUAACUCGAGA